AUGAGCCUAUUUUCGACGAUACGCGGCAAGAAAGGGGUGACUGGUAUUGGUUCAGCGGCUGUCGGUCCGAUAGCGAGUAAAACCAAAAAGUUGGUAAUACAGGAAUGGCCGAGAAUGCUUGAACAUCAACCAAAUCUCUUUGGUAUUGUUUGGAGCGCUUCGGCUACUCGCAGCAACUCCAUAAAGAAGACUUUCGGCAUUGGCGCCAAUGAAAAUCCGGAAGACAAC